AUGACAGCGGACGCAAAUCGAAGCGAGUCGUUGUUAUGUAUGGACAAAGCGCGGGAAGCUAUAAAGGUAUAUCGAUUUUUCUGCAAAACAAAAAAGAUUUAUUUAAUAAUUCCUUGAAUUUUUGCAGACGGGCGAUGCGGAUAAAGCUCGACGAAUGUUGCAAAAAGCGAAAAAGUUGGAUCCGGCUCAAAAUAUAGAUUGUGAGUGUUUUUUUUUUCGAAAGCAGAAAGAAGUACAUUGAAAAACAGUUGUUGAUCAGCUGGUUUUUGUUAGGUACAAAAUCAAAUAAGUGUAUUUUUGCUCAGAUUUGAACAAAAAAAUCGACGAAAUGAACUCUUCUCAAUCUUCUAGUCGUGCUUCAGAAGAACGAAGUUAUGCGCAUGAUGAUCAUUAUGAAGAGCCAAAUUUGAGACAAAGACAUAGGAGCCCUAAACAAAAUGGUUAGUUUUUUUAAAAUUUAUCUAUUGAAGUGAACUGGUUUUCUUGAAGGAUCUGCGAAAAAAGAGCCGAAGCCCCGUUCGGAAUCCAGAACUCCAAAACUUGGCGUGGAUUACACUAAAGAACAAUUAGAACUUGUUGAAAGAAUUCGCCACUGUAAAGAUUAUUAUGAAAUUUUGAAAGUGGAUAAGAAAGCGUCGGAAGAAGAUAUCAAAAAAGAAUAUCGAAAAAUGGCUUUGAAAUUGCAUCCGGAUAAAUGUAAAGCGCCGCAUGCAACUGAAGCAUUUAAAGCAUUAGGAAAUGCGUAUGCGGUAUUGUCUGAUGCUGAUAAACGAUCACAAUAUGAUAGAUAUGGAAGUGAGGUGACAGCAAAUGGUGAUUCGCCUUCGAGAAGACGACAUGGUGGAGGUUCUUUCUUUGAACAUGAUUAUGCACAUGGUUUUGAAGGUAUUUUUGUUGGAUUUUGGGGGAGAAAUUGAAAAUUACCAUGAUUUGAAAGAAAAGUUGAUUUUGUUGGAGGACAACUUCAAAAAAUGCAUAAAUAAAGUUGUUUCCCGGUUCUAAGCUCUGAUUUUUAACCGUUCAUUUUCUCCAUGCUAAGAUUUAGCUUCUUCCUCUUUGAAACCUGUUUUAAAAACUUAAUUUCUUGAAAAUUUUCCAUUUUUUUAAAAAGUUUUACCAUGUCUCUGUUCAAAAUUGACUCUGGAAUUAGUUCAGGAGUUGCUGUAAAUGCUGCAUUUUCUAAAUUAGGCGAAAAAUUAUCCCAUGAAAAUUUCCCCCAAAACCAACCCAUUUUUCAGCUGAAUUCACUCCAGAAGAAAUUUUCAACAUGUUCUUCGGCGGCGGUUUUCCAAACGAAGGACUUCGUCGAAGAGCCAGAUUUCAAUCUCAACGUCAACAGCAACAACAACAUUAUCAUUAUGAUAAUCAAGCGAAUUCGCCGUAUGGUCCAAUUUUACAACUUCUCCCACUUAUUGCUAUUUUUGUACUCGGACUUUUGGCGCAAUUAAUGGUUGGAGAACCCGCAUUUUCGCUGCAUCAAACACCGUAUGUUUUUGAUUCUUUUUUGUUUUUGACACAAAAACUAUGUUCAUCUAUUUUUCAGUAAAUAUACUCACCAUCGUCUGACAAAAGAUCUCAAAGUACCAUAUUUCGUUAAAUCUGAUUUUGAAGCGGCUUAUCGCGGAAGAUUGAGAAAUGUCGAACAACAGGUCGAAGAUGAUUAUAUACAACAGCUGAGGAUGAAUUGUUAUAAGGAACAGAAUUUGAGUGAGUUUUUUUGAGGCUUGGAAAAUAUUAGGGGGUUUUCUUGAUUAAACCAUCUGAAAUUCUGUCAGAAAAAUCCGAAUUAGAAAAUCUAGAAAAAAAUACUAUCUUUAUUUCAAUGCAGGUAUUAAUUUCAAUAAAAUUUAAUUUUUUUAUCGAAAAAAAAAUGAUUUUUUUUAGAAACAUUUCUUGAAAAUCUUGAAAAUUCAAAUUGGUCUUUUUCGAAAAAUCAUUAAAAAUUUACCAUAUGAGAAAAAAAACAAAUCAGCUAGUUUUCCCAUUUUUUUGCCAAAACCAUAGUUUCUUUCACCUUCCAAUAGAAAAAAAAUCAAUUUUCCUCCCCCAGGAGAAACAAAAUUAUAUCGAGCCCGAUGGAUGCGCGACGAAGCUCUAAUUCAAGAAGCCGAACGAACACCAAUGCCAAGUUGUCGAAGGCUCAACGAAAUAUAUUCGAAAUAA